GAGCAUAUGAGAGAGAGAAAGAGAGAGACAGAGCGCUGACUCCUCCUCGUUCUCCGGUGUCAAAGUUGACAUCAGCCCUGGAGCCGAGUUGAACAGGAGCCUCGUGCGUGAACCGGAGAGCGAGCUCACAUCUUUCAGUGGCGAAUGCUGCACGGAGUUAUGUACCUCGCGCUGCCUUGCCCUCUGAACUGCCUGCCGUCAUGGAUUGCAACCCGCGCGCGAAACCAAUACUACUUUUUAUUUUACUGUUCAUCUUGUCGUUUAUCCGCUCAGCACUUCUGAUCAUCCACCCGUCCAAUGAAGUGAACCUGUUGGACUCCAAAGCCAGCCAGGGGGAGCUGGGAUGGAUCUCCUACCCAUCACAUGGGUGGGAGGAGAUCAGCGGAGUAGACGAGCACUACACUCCCAUCAGGACCUUCCAGGUGUGUAACGUGAUGGAGUACAGUCAGAACAACUGGCUGAGGACCAACUGGAUCCCCCGGCAGUCGGCCCAGAAGAUCUACGUGGAGCUAAAGUUCACCCUGAGAGACUGUAACUCCAUCCCCCUGGUCCUGGGGACCUGCAAGGAGACCUUCAACCUGCUGUACAUGGAGACAGACGAGGACCAGGGCAGUCACUUCAGAGAACACCAGUUCUCUAAGAUCGACACCAUCGCUGCAGACGAGAGCUUCACCCAGAUGGACCUGGGGGACCGCAUUCUGAAGCUCAACACGGAGGUCCGGGAGGUGGGGCCUGUUACGAAGAAGGGCUUCUACCUGGCGUUCCAGGACGUGGGGGCGUGUGUGGCCCUGGUGUCAGUCAGGGUCUACUUUAAGAAGUGCCCAUUCAUUGUGAGGAACUUGGCCUCCUUCCCUGAAACCGUGCCAAUGGACUCUCAGUCAUUGGUGGAGGUGAAGGGCUUGUGUGUCAAUCACUCCAAGGAGGAGGAGCCACCGCGUAUGUACUGUAGUACAGAGGGGGAGUGGCUAGUGCCCAUAGGGAAGUGUCUGUGUAACGUUGGCUAUGAGGACAGAGGGAGCUCCUGCCAAGCAUGCAGAGCAGGGUUCUAUAAGUCUCUGCUGGGUAACGUCCAGUGUUCUAAGUGUCCACCCCACAGCUUCACCCAUCAUGAGGGAGCUCUACACUGUGGCUGUGAGAAAAACUACUUCCGUGCUGAUGGAGACCCGCCAUCUAUGGCCUGCACACGUCCUCCCUCCGCUCCUCGUAACGUGAUCUCAGUCAUCAAUGAGACCUCAGUGAUUCUGGACUGGUCCUGGCCGGAGGACACGGGAGGUCGUAAGGACGUUACCUUCACCGUGCUGUGUAAGCGCUGCAGGCAGGGCCAGAGGGUGUGUGAGGCGUGUCGCAGUAAUGUGCGAUUCCUCCCCCGUGCUGCAGGCCUGCAGAACACUACCGUAACCGUGGGAGACCUGCUGGCUCACACCAACUACACCUUCGAGAUCGAAGCUCAAAAUGGAGUGUCCCAGUUAGCCCCAACAAUGAGGCAAUAUGCUGCUGUGACCAUCACUACCAACCAAGCAGCCCCUUCUCCAGUGACUGUGAUCAGGAAGGACCGUACGUCUCGUAACAGCAUCUCUCUGUCCUGGCUGGAACCAGAGAGACCCAACGGCAUCAUACUGGACUACGAGGUCAAAUACUACCAGAAGCAGGAGCAGGAGACCAGCUAUACCAUCCUGCGCUCUAAGGGUUGUAACGUGACGUUGGGCGGUCUAAAGGCAGACACCUCCUACCUGCUCCAGAUCAGGGCCAGGACUGCAGCAGGCUACGGAGCCAGCAGCAGGAGCUUUGAGUUUGAGACAAGCCCUGACUCGUUCUCUAUCUCCAGUGAGAGUAGUCAGGUGGUGUUGAUAGCCAUCUCUUCCUCUGUAGCCAUUAUUUUGCUCUCCAUCCUCCUCUACGUGGUGAUUGGCAGGUUCUGUGGCUACAGCAAGUCUAAACAGCCUGAUGAAAAGAGACUGCACUUUGGCAACGGUCACCUGCGUCUGCCAGGAAUAAGGACCUACGUAGACCCUCACACCUAUGAAGACCCCAGUCAGGCCGUCCAUGAGUUUGCCAAGGAGCUGGAUGCUUCCUGUAUCGCCAUCGACAAGGUGGUGGGAGCAGGUGAGUUUGGGGAGGUGUGCAGUGGUCGUCUGCGUCUGCCCAGUAAGAAGGAGAUCUGUGUGGCAAUCAAGACGCUGAAGGCAGGAUACACCGACAAACAGAGGCGGGAUUUCCUGUCCGAGGCGUCAAUCAUGGGACAGUUUGACCAUCCAAACAUCAUCAGGCUGGAGGGAGUGGUCACCAGGAGUAAACCUGUGAUGAUAGUGACUGAAUACAUGGAAAAUGGAUCCUUGGACAGCUUUCUGAAAAAACAUGAUGCCCAGUUUACUGGUAUCCAGUUGGUGGGCAUGCUGCGUGGCAUCGCGUCAGGCAUGAGGUACCUGUCUGACAUGGGUUACGUCCACAGGGACCUGGCCGCUCGUAAUAUCCUGGUGAACAGCAACCUGGUGUGUAAGGUGUCUGACUUCGGCCUGUCCAGAGUGCUGGAGGACGACCCCGAGGCAGCUUACACCACACGGGGAGGUAAGAUCCCUAUCAGGUGGACAGCUCCAGAGGCCAUCUCCUACAGGAAGUUCACCUCGGCCAGCGAUGCCUGGAGCUACGGUAUCGUGCUCUGGGAAGUGAUGUCAUACGGGGAGCGGCCUUACUGGGAGAUGUCCAAUCAGGACGUGAUCAAGGCGGUGGAUGAAGGCUACAGACUGCCUCCUCCUAUGGACUGUCCUGCAGCUCUGUACCAGCUGAUGUUGGACUGCUGGCAGAAGGAGAGGAACAACAGACCCAAGUUUGAACAGAUCGUCAGCAUCCUGGAUAAACUCAUACGCAACCCUGGGAGCCUGAAGAUCACAGCCAACACCUCAUCCAGGCCAGCCAACCUGCUUCUGGACAGGAGUAGUUCUGAGGUGGUUCCAUCGUUGGACACCAUGGGGGAUUGGCUGGACAGCGUGAGGACUCUGCCCUGUAAGGAGGCCUUCUCUGGUGUCAGCUAUAACUCCUGUGACACCCUGCCCAAGACCUCCGCAGAAAUCUGUCUGACAGAGGUCCAGCACCACGUCACAGCAGCCACCUGCCCAGAGUGGGAGCCUUCAAUGGGGAUCACCACCCUCUAACCCCCUCUCCUCUCCAUCCCCUACUCCAGAGACACCGGAUGGGACCUAAAGAAGGUUGGUGUGACUAUCGUCGGCCCUCAGAAGAACAUUGUGAGCAGCAUCAAAGCACUAGAGAGCCACAGUAAGAAUGGCCCUGUCCCAGUCUAACCCAACCAAGCCACUAGAGAUCCACAGAUUGGCUGACUGGCUGCCCUCUGGCCCCCGUUCCAAUCUGAAUGAAGCCAUUCUGGGUCCCGUUCCAUUCUGAAUGAAGCCCAUCCGGGCCCCGUUCCAUUCUAAAUGAAGACCCUCUGGACCCCGUUCCAUUCGGAAUUAAGCCCUUCUCUGCCCCGUUUCAUUCUGAAUUAAAGUGUCUACUUUUCAGUUCCUCCCUCCACGUCUGUGGACGUUUCAAUUAGGUUCAUUCCACGAGGGAGCCCUCCCCUGUCGAGGUGUAGUGAUAGGGAAUGAAGGAGGGGGAGGACAGGCUCAUAGCACUUAGAACAGCCCUCUGAUCUCUGUAACAUGCAGGAGGAAGUCCCAAACUAAAGGAGGAAGUAGACAUUAGAAAAGUGGUGCAGCGGAGGACAACAGCUCUGAGGUUUGAUGAUGUCACCAUGAUAUCAUGCCCUUACCCUGAAUCCAGGGCAAGCAGUCAGACCGACAGACAGACCAACCCUUCGACACUCCGCACCAUUGCUGAGAUGCCUUACUGAGAACACAGGAAAGAGGGAGAUAACCUGGCCUUGGACCUUAAGGGCAUGAGGAUAAAGGGCUGGAGCUGGGAUUGGAGAACCUGGGACAGCAGGGCCCUGUGUGUGACUUUUCGUGGAAAGGGGCUUGUUGAGAACUGAACCAGUCGUGAUCUGAUCCUGUGGAUUUGACUGACAGUUUUUAAACUCUGGAGAGGAAAACUUUAAAUGCCUUGAGUAGAAUAACGCAGACAGCAGCAGCAAUCCACAUCAACCUGGAGCAGACGAAGCACACCUGGAGACUCCCACCACUGAAGACCUCCCUCUCUCUCACAGAGAAGGACUGAUACUACUCUGUGUGUGUGUGUGUGUGUGUGUGUGUGUGUGUGUGUGUGUGUGUGUGUGUGUGUGUGCGUGCGUGCGUGCGUGCGUGCGUGCGUGCGUGCGUGUGUGUGUGUAUCCACCCAUGUCUCUGCAUGUGAGUGUGAAGGUAUACUCAAGAGAAAAUCAGCUUGAGAAGGAAGCCAAACCAUCUGAUGGGCACCCAGACUAGAAUAAGCCAUUUAUCCCAUAGCUAUAGACUAAUGUCUGCAAACAGUCAAUGUCAAACAGAGAGCAAUAAUCAUAACAAUCAGUUUAUCAGUUUGAUCAACCUGAAGUCAUGAGUCUCAGACCUG